CUCCACUCAUGACUGCCACAAUCAGGGACAACGACUGAGUAUCCUCCCAAACACAGGUUUAUCUAUAACAGGCGGCACCGGAAACCAUGAACACCACGGUGACGCAGGGCUCCAACGGGUCUGCGCCGUGUCCUAGGGACACUAGGAUAGUGCAGCUGGUGUUCCCAGCCCUGUACACAGUGGUUUUCUUCACUGGCCUCCUGCUGAACAUUUUGGCCCUGUGGGUGUUUGUUCACGUCCCCAGCUCCUCAACCUUCAUCGUCUACCUCAAAAACACCUUGGUAGCCGACCUGAUCAUGACGCUCAUGCUUCCUUUCAAGAUCCUCUCCGACGCACGCCUGGGGCCCUGGCAGCUCAGAGCCUUCGUGUGCCGCUUCUCAUCAGUGCUCUUCUACGAGACCAUGUACGUGGGCAUCCUGCUGCUGGGCCUCAUAGCCUUCGAUAGAUUCCUCAAGAUCAUCAGACCUUUUGGGAUUGCUUUCUUAAAAAAACCUGUCUUUGCAAAAUGGAUCUCAAGCCUUAUUUGGUUCCUUUUGUUCUUCAUCUCCCUGCCAAAUAUGAUCUUGAGCAACAAAGAAGCAACACCAUCAUCUGUGAAAAAGUGUGCCUCCUUGAAGGGCACCCUGGGGCUGAAAUGGCAUCAAAUAGUAAAUAACAUAUCCCAGUUUAUUUUCUGGACUGUUUUUGUCCUAAUGCUUCUGUUUUAUGCGGUGAUCGCAAAAAAAGUCUACGAUUCUUAUAGAAAGUGCAGGAGUAAAGACAGCAAAAACAACAGGAAGCUGGAAGGCAGAGUGUUUGUGGUGGUGGCUGUCUUCUUCGUGUGUUUUGCUCCGUUUCAUUUUGCCAGAGUUCCAUAUACUCGCAGCCAGACCAACAGUCGGACCGACUGCAGACUGCAAAAUCAACUGUUUAUUGCUAAAGAAACAACUCUCUUUUUGGCAGCAACGAACAUUUGUAUGGAUCCCUUAAUAUAUAUAUUCUUAUGUAAAAAAUUCAGGGAAAGGCUACCCUGGAUGAUGGGGAGAGAGACCACAGCACCAAGCCAUGAAAAUCAAAGCAAUCACACAGACAACAUAACCCUAGGCUGACAAUGUUAUUUGCAAGCAGUUUACUUGUAUUUAUUAAUGAAAAUUCAAAAGGUAAAUUAUUUGGAAAUCAAGUUUAAGCAAUUUAAAAAAGAAUUGGAACAGAUGCCCCCUUACAUUUUAUUAUCCCGUUAUGCAGAGGAGAUUGCAUUAAUUUUAACUCCGUAUCAAACCUUAUCACAAGCAGAAUGAACUAGAGAAUGCUAUAAGACACAAAUGGCCACUAGAGGGCAUCUUUUCCAGAGUAUUCAUUUCAAUUUUGGAAAAGAUUAAAGAAAAAUGGGUAUCCCUAAAAACCUUCCCUCCAAACACCAUCUCACAAACUUUUCAGUCAUUAAUUCAAACACUACUGCUUUGGUGAUUCACUAAUGUGGAUAUAUGCUGAUUUAAAGCAAUUUUUUUUUAAAAAAACAACAAACUCUAAAUACCACUUUUGAGAGUUGACAGCCAAGGGUUGAAAGUGUGCCUGAGAAUCCAAAGUGGAAAAGAAAGCCUCUGAAAUCCUGGACGAGGGGUUUUCUCAUCCCUUGCAGUUAUAAAUAGCCUCUUCCCCAGUACAACAGCAUACCAGAGAAGGUGCAAGCACCAUCGCUAAGCCACUUUGCUUAUACCCUGAGGGUGUAGAAUACAAGGGCAAGAAUGUUGUGUUGCUGUCUCCUGGAAUUGUCACUCUGUCCCACAAAUACUCUAAUGGUGGCUGAAUAUGCCACUGCUGACUGAGCAGGCCACAAGCUCUAUUCCUGAGCCCCACACACCACUGCAAACAACUACUUGUACUGUUUCUCUCUGUGCGCGCGCACGCGGUAGGGUCUUCAAGGCAGAUUUCCUUUACUAACCAGCUGUAUUACUGACUGGAGCCCCCAAAGACAGGAUUCUUGAAAGACAGACAUGUCUUCCUGAUACUGUCCACAUAACUCCCCACAGAGCACAGACUGCAGAUGCUUAAACCAGAAUUGCCAUUCUUGCAAUGUAUAUAAAUGAGAUAUAUAUACAUUCUCCUGAUAUGGAUGUUGCUAAUUAUGGGUCUAUCUUAUAACUUGUAGAUGACUACAAGUAGGUCAAAGGGCAGUGACCUACUUGUACUUAUCUAACGCCGUAUUUUUUCCUGGAUGCUUUUGUGGUUCAAAAAAGUAAAAAGUGGUUUUCUGGGACUAUGGAUGAUAAUUCAUACCUUCUAGAGAAAAUACACAAAAAAACUGUCAUGCUCUUCACACCAGGUGAAGCCCAGGCCUCCUCCUGUGACCCAGAAGGCUGUAGGACUCACCUACCUUUCCGGCACUCCCUCCUAAUUAUUCUUCCAUGCCUUGAACUUCACGUUCUUAUCCAAAUUUCUUUCAGGAAAUGUCCUUCUCCUUUCUGCCCCUGUGCAACUGCAUCCCUCUGACUCACCUAGAAAACUCUUACCCCUCUGUGAGACCCUGCACUGCCAGCGCUGACUCCAUGAAAUCUCACCUGGCCAACUCCCACCACCACAUCAAACUCAAUCACUCCUUUACUUGUGUGUUGUCACCUCAGUUAUGAAACUCAUCACAGGGCAUUGUAAUUACUGGCUUACACGUGGGUCUACUCUUUUAAUACCCUGUGUAUAAUUUUGAGGGCAGAGACUAUCUCAUUAUGCAAUCAAUAAAUGCUUGAUAAAGUCAUCCAAAUGGGUUUUACUAUGAUGUGCUGGAGAAGCCAAAAGGAAGCCAACUCCCAUUGAUGUUUUUAUUAUCAAAAGAUGAUGUCAAUUUCUUGAAAGUACAAGCUCUCGUCAGCUGCCCUCCCACCGCAUGCAGGUGGGGGCCUGAGGAGCGGAUGUUCCUGGAUUCCCUAGUGAAUGGUCAAGACUAUUAAACAUGUGUAGCUCAGGGGCUACUGCCUGUUAACAUUUCCAUAUUGAUAUAAUGCUUUAGCUAUGUGCUAUGAGUAAUGCUUGAGAACAAUUUGUAACUGUAGCAUAUAACAAUCACCAAAAUCCUCCCUUAGAAAGCACUCUUGCUGUCUGACUUCCAUUCUUUCAA